GGAUGCAAUUAAAAAAUAGAGAUCAACAACACAGUCAUUCGUUGACAGUAGACAAUCGGUUUUAGAGCUAAACACACUUUUCAGCAACUACCGUGUAACCGCACACUUUCGCGUUUGUAAACGUGUUUACUUAAACAUGUUCACCUGAAGUAGUUCAGGGUCCCGUGUAACCGCGCCCUUAAGUUGGUUGGCAAAGCCGUACCGACCGGCUACCCUGCUUUAAAAAUGGCCGCGUCUAUGUGGGGGAAUAAUAUCAAACGCCAAUGUUUGAAAAUAAGACGUUUCGAAAGAGUUUGUCGAAUGGAAAUAGUUGCACACAUUCAAAAACUAAAACUUAUAAAGUCGAGGAACACGUACAACAUUUCAACAACAAUCAGUGGCGUCUUGGAAAGUGAAUAUAAUUUAUUUAUAAACGGUGUUUUGCUGCCGUUGCAGACUGUAAACAUUCGGCAUACAGGUCAAAAUUCAGAACGUAAGUUGCCUAACGGUCCGUUGUCUGUCAGUUCGCAAACGCUCGGUGCCGUUAAAUCGUAUUUAAUAAGUGAUUCCACGCGUGUGGGCUCUCAGAAGAGAUGGUACAGCAGUGAUGCGCCACACAGUAAUAAGUUCCAACUCAUGGACUUCCCACCUAUAGUUUGGCCAAGUCCCUUAAAAACUAUUAAAAACUGGAUAUUAUCUAGGUUUAUCAUCACACCGUACUUCGACCGAGAGUUCAGCAUUGCCGAAUUUGCUGAAGGAUCAAAACAGGCGGUGGAGGCGGUGUCCCGGCGGCUGGCGGACGCAGACUUCGAGGGGCUGGAGGACCUGGUGGCGCCGGCGGCCCUCCGCGAGCUGCGGGCAAGCGUCUCGCACUUCUCGCUGCAGCAGCGGCUGGAGCUGGCCGUCUCCGCCGAGGACAUGUACUUCUGCUUCCCGCACCAAGUGGGCGUCAUGUUCGACGACAAAGACCAGCGGCGGUACGUGGAGAUCACCAUGUGCUACCACGUGCUGCGCGGCCUCAAGGAGCUGCGGGAGCAGAACGUCAACCCGCCCCUCAACAUGGGGCUGCUCCCCGAGUACCAGGACAAGCUGUUCAUCUGCAACUACCGCUUCGUGCGCGAGUACACCCGCGGCGUCGCCGACCAGUGGACGGUGAACGUGGCCAACCACUUCCGGCCCGGCGAGACUCUCAGCUAGCACCGCCCCCACCCCCGGUGUAGUUCUCCAUACCUGCCACCAAAUCAUCAAUUAUUCUUCAUUUAAGUUGGAACUAUUUUUUCGCCGCACAAAGACUUCGAUAACAAAUAGAAAUGAUGGCAAUGUACAAAUGAAAAAAAAAGUGCUUCAGUUACAAAUUUUUUUAUUCUCAUGUAUUUAAAAUAUAAAAAUAUUACAUUUUUUUUUUUUAGCAUUGCAAAACAAUUUUAUUUUGCCUUUGUUUGGCACGGAAAUUAUGCGUAUUUGAAUCGUGAAAGACUCUUUUGGUCAUGUUUUCAAGUUUGUGAAACUUGUGAGAAUUAUUUGAGUGGUAUGUGGACAACCUUGCCAGAUGAUGACAAGUUGAUAAACAGAAUUGAAUGCUUGA